AUUGUAAAAUCUUUUAUAACAGUUUUAAGUUGAGUGUUGACUGUUGAGACAUUUUCUUGUUUAACUUCAAAUAAUACUUUUUUGAUUUGCAAACAUUUUUCUUACAACAUACAGAACUGCUAAAAAAUGGAUAUAACAAGCUAUAUAAGUAUUUCUACAAGUAAAAGAACUUGAACUAUAUCCCACUUUAGCAUCGUUCUGCGCAGCAACACCUAAUUGGUAUCGCUAAUAUGCCCAGGGAUCGUGAAAGAAGCAGUUCCCGGGAUCGACGAAGUUCUUCAUAUAACUCGGAGUCAUCUUACGAGCGCAAAAAGUCUAAAUAUAAACAUAAAAGACGAUCGCGUUCGAAGGACCAUUUACUGACAAAAAGUCAUAAGAGAAGGCUCUCUAAUUCGAGAUCAAAACAUAGAAGACGGAGUUACUCGAGGAGUGCGUCAAAAGAUCGCUAUGACAGUAGGUCAAAACUGCGUUCAUCAUCACAUUCUCGUUCUAAGCGCUCUAAAUACUCCCGUGAACGUUCUCGGUCACGUUUGUCCUCUCGAGACCGAAAAUACAACAAAAAGAGUCACAAGAGUUCUAGGUCCAAGAGCAGGUCGAAUUCUUUUGAUAUUGAGCCUCCAGUACAAUUAGAUGAUACAGACACCAUAGUAGAAAAGUCUAUAAAGGCAGCCGAGGCGGCAGGACUAACUAUGACUAAGAUUCCAACAUAUGAGUAUAAAGAUGUGGCUGUGAAAGAAGAUAUGCCUACAAUACAUGAUAGGAACCUAUUAGAUGAACUAAAUAAUGAUGCAUUUGUACAAAAAUCUUUCUCAUCUACUAAAAGGAAAAGGGAAAAUAUUGUUAUAGAUCUAAAUGCAGAAACUGUUAAAGUACCAGAAGCUGAAGUUAAAGCUAGAAAAGAUGAUUCAAUUAUCAAUUUUAGUGAAAUUCAAUGUCAAGAAGAUCUAAAAGAGAUGUGGAUCAAGAAAUUAUACCAAUACCGGAAAAAAAUGUUGAGGGGAGAGUUAUAAAUAACAAUAAGAUUUUCAGUUGAAAUUAUGUGAAUAUAGGGAUUUUAAAUAAACAAUAUUAUGUAA